CCUUAUAAUGUAAAUGUGAGGAAAAAGUGUUAAAUAAUUCUGGUAUUAUAAAGAAGGAUAAUAAAUUUGUGCCUUCUAAGAGAAUUGUUACCCCUUAUUAUACCACAGUACUCAGUUAACUCUAAUAAGGAAUCUCAACUGACACACUUUGAGAGAGGUCCCAAAUUUUUAUACUGAGUGAGUGUAUUACUGAGAAAAAGGAGUGGGCAAACUAACAAAAAAUGAUACUAAUAGAAAAUAGAUCCAAAGCAAUCAUAGAAAUAGAACGAUGAUGUAAACAUUGUAAAGUAAACAACAAUAUUUACUUGUGUUUAAAGACCUAUAAUGUUAUUACAGACAAAGACAAGGAAUAAACAUGGCAGAAAACAAUUCAGGAAACCAAACAGUGGAAGAUGCGUUAAGAAGUGAAAUGGAAAGGGAAAAUCUACAGUCUGCUGUUGACAGAUUGAUCCAUGAGAUUGUAUCAGAAGAAGCUGGACACUCAUCUACAGUUGAUCCAGAAUCAGUGGUGGCACGUUUGUUAGAUUCUAGCACAGUUCAGUCAUUGGUACAAAGAGUGUUAGCAAGCAGCAGAUCAGAACAAACUUCAUGCCAUCUAUCUGGAAGUAUACCUUCACACAUACAAGAGCAACUGGUCCCUGGGCAUCGAUACUUAUACUUAAAACUGUGUGGGGGUAGAGCCUUUGUUGACCAUCUUGGGGUAAAUGCAACCCCUUUGGCUGCAGAUAGCCAAGCCUUCAUAAAAAUUCACUUGGCAUUUCAAAGUCAACGGUUUGAAGCUCAUGGAGUUCCCUGUGUGUGUGAACCCAAGAUCUAUGAAGGAUUUCUUUUUGAUCUUCAGCUUUUAAAGCCAGGUCUUCCUAACAUGUUGGACAAUGCUGAACUGUUAACUAUGGAUGUUCCCAUCACUAUAGCAGUUGUGAGACAACAAGGGGCUACCACAACCCUUCUCUCAGUCCACACCUUGGAGUGGCGUUCUCUGUUAGCACAACCCUCAGCAACCUCCAAAUUUGUAUGCCAACUGAUGGGCAUAGGAAGUGAGCUGCAGGUACCAGUGGGUUUACUGGAUUUAGAGUUAACAUUAGUCCCAGCUUUGGAAUCUCCUUUAAAUACUCCAGCUGUUUCCGAAUAUCUUGAAGGGACGAAGAAUCGUGCUGGAGAGAAACGAAGGUUGUUCAUCAGCUAUGCACGAGAAUGGUGGCGAGAGUAUACUGAAGCCUCUGCAAGUCAUUCUUCACGACCAGUCAGAAUAUUUGCUAUGGACGAAUGUGGAAAAAACAGGUUUGUGUGUGAGUUUGUGAGAAGGUUAGAGGCGGGUCGAGCUCUGAGGUCACCGGAAGAAGCAACCAGAUGGAUCAGUGUGAUGCCUUCCAUUCCAGUACAUGAGUUACCUGCUGGCUCCAGCAAACCAUGGUACACUUUACCUACAGCUCUUAUGUCUCAUUCAUUGAACAAUGAAAGUAAGUGCAGUUUACUGUGUAGUAUAUUGCUGGGAUUUGGGCUUGAUUCCUGGGUGUGUGUAGGCACUCGACGUUCAGGGAGUCCACAUGUGUGGGUCAUGACACGAGGACCAUACUCAGCUUACACUUUUUGGGAAAUAACAACAGGAUCUCGGUACCUACAUAGGGUGGGCCAGAAAGCUGCUCACGACUAUGGAACCAUUGGCAGUGUCUUCAAUAAUGACAGUUUCUAUGCCACCUGUCAAGCAACUGACAAAAUAGAAUAUUGUAACUUCUCCCUGGAAGACAGCAAUGCUUGGAAGAAGAUGUCCUUUAGUGCUACAUCAAGCAUGACAGAAAAGAUGCCCUGCUUAAUGCCACUAAUACCACCUACAAAUGAUGGAAUUAAGAAAAGCACAGACAUAGAACUGCAGCUUCAAGUGUUGAUUAUUGAACACAGAAGUGAUUGUGGUUUGAGUUCUCACUUCGAUAAACACUUGAGUUAUGUACUGUCUCCUGCGCUGUGGUCCUAUGAGAGAGAAAUUGUUGAGGGUGGCAAUGGUACUGAGAAUAAAGGAAUGGAACUCUUCUCUGCUGCUCUAAUGCAUACCUUACCUGAAGGACACACAUUUAAGGCAUUUCCCUUCUAUUUUGUGCAUCGUUCCCCACGUCGUGCUUUCAAUACUAUAUUAAAUUCAAGCAUUGGGCGUGAAAUAGUUGAGUGCCGUGGAGAUAAAGUGACUCUAGCUGUGCGGUCACUGACUGUUUGUUACCCAGAGUAUGUGUAUGUCACUUGGCUUAUGGUUGCAUGUUCUUUUCGGCCUGUUGGAUGAUAUUUGAUAACUGAUAUAACUCAAUAUUUAUAUUAUACCACCAGAAAAAUGUUAUCAAUCAAAAUGAAAAAUGAGGAUAAUUCUGUUAAUCACUGGAAUUGAUAUUUUGUCAAAUAAAAAACAUCUAGUUCAUUAUACUAAGUACAGUGUAUGCAUGCACUUGCACACGCACACACACACACACACACACACUGUACCUUCAUUAGUUCGGAUCAUUAUAAUUCUGAUUUUGGCUUAAUUCGUAUGAUUUAAAAAAAUAAUAAUUAAAUGACUUGAAUUUAGAAUGAAUCCAAAAUAAACAAGCUGUUCUGAAAAGUCGCCUUGGUUGCCACAUAAAAUAUUAAAUUUAUAAUUACAUACAGUAAUUUAUAAUGUACAUACAGUAAUAAUAAAACAAAUAAUAUAGUAAUAAAUAAAUGUAACACUUACAUUGUGAGGUGAGCUCAUUACAGUAUAUGUAAAUGUUAUUCCCAAAGUGUAAUGGCCACACUGGUAAAUUAAGUAAAACCCACAUUGGAGGAAUAAAAGACAAUCUUGGAGCUGGUAUACUAGGACCCUCUUCAGCCAACUAACAGAACAUAGCAAAGGAGAAAGGCACAGAACAUGGGAACCAGAUCAUGUGACCUGUCUCCUGAGUUGAGGAAGAAUGGGGAUUAGGGAUAAUAUACUUGAUGACAGUGUUCAGGCCUGGUCAAGGGUUCACUGAUCAUAUGCCACAAUUUUUCUACUAAGGCAACAAUUGGACUAAUAAAUAGCUAUGAUAACAAUCUAUUGCAAUAGCUUAGAAUAAUAGCUAUUUAUAAGUCCAAUUGUAGUUUCAGAAGAGGAUUCCACAAUUUAGCUUAUAAAUCAUAGAGCUACUAUUCCAAUUUACUGCUACAGAUUGGAAUACUGUACAGAAUGUAUUUCUAUUGACUAUGUUAAGUGUUAACUUGAAAUAUAUAUUUUUCUAACUAUAAAGUAAGUCCCAUUGGUUUUUAUAUUUUGUGUCAGUGUUAAAUGAAUGUUUACCAAGAAUUCAGUGAACCCAAGGAUGUGGUUCUUGUAUUUUUGUAUUCUUUAAAUCCUUCAUAUAGCAACUAAACUUAUUUUCAAAUAAAUAAUCUUAAUGUA